AUGUCCUUCUUAAUACUAUAUCCCGCUGUGGCCGUGUUAUCACUAUUCAUCCUCUUGGUGAUAAUUCUGAUGCUUAGAUUCGGGGCCCGUUGGUGUAAGCUAAGGCAUGACACCUUACCGGUACAUCAUGCAGUGGUACAAGGGUAUUGGAGGGAAGAUGAAGCCUAUGAACAGAAGGUUUCUUAUGCGUGACAGGCAUGACUAUUUUUAGUGUAGGCAAUGCUUCUCUAAAGUAGUAUGUGGGGCACUAACUGCUCUAUUGUCGCGGUGGUAACUGUUGGCUUGAUACUACUGAAAUUAAAGAUUAAUCUGACAUUUAAUAA